AUUUUUACACAUCACUGUAGUACGUACAUGCUGUAGACAUGGAAUUUCCUGUUGAGACUAAUAAUUUAAGUUUAUUAGUUGUGUACAUUUCACCUCGUUUAAUAUCUGAUCAGUAUUCUGUGUUAUCUCAAUCACUACCUGUAUAGAAAGUAUCAACCUCCUUAGUUAUAUUUUAAAGAAGCAGAUUUUACUGGAUAGAUUUUGCUCCGUUUAUAAUACUUGGUUUCGCACAUUUGCUUUCAGUCCCUACGAAACUUGUCUAGAUGAUUUUGAUAUCGUCUAAACUGUUGAUAUACACAAAAAGCUUUAUUUGGCUUUGUUAGUUAUGGUGUUAACAAUGCUCAAUUAUCAUAAUAAGACAUUUCGUGGAGCUAAGUAGUAUUAUCAUAAUUGUUUUAGUUACGUUCUCGAUCACUUGCUGACGAAAGUGAGUAAUGGCGUUCACUCUGUUUUUCUCUCGUAAGUCUGAAUUGCAGUCAAAUCAUCUGGCUUAUACUUGACGCUAUCUGACCACAAAUGUAUUUAUCAAUCUAAUUUAUAGUGGUUUUUUUAAUGAUGAACUCACCAAAUACUAAAAUGCAUCCGUCGAAUUAAUAUCAUUACUCAUGAGCCAUAUUUUUACUUUAUGUCAAAUCUACAGUACUCAGCCACAGAACUUGUAAGUUGGACACUGAUAAAAACUGUCCAAUCGCACUAUCUAAUGUAACUGUUCGUGUCUGAAAUAUUUCUCUAUCACUACGUACUAGUUUUUUUGAAUUACGGUUCUACUGAAUCCCAACCACCUUCUACUCUACAGUUUAUCAUCGUCUUUUGAAAGCAACAACUUGUAACGUAAUGCUUUUUUAUCUGCGUAACCCGUAAGCUUAUGAUACUCUCAUAUUAGGCAAAGGGAAUCAAGGUUGCUUAAAUAAGACAUGGGUAAUUCAACAAACUAAUGUUUUGUUUGUGAUAAUUCUCUGCAUAUUACUAGAAUGUCUCCGUGAAAUCUCCAUUACUUACGAAUAAACAGAUUUCCUGGGUACUAAAAAGUUUUUGUACUUUCAGGUACAUGGAACUCCCAGAUGUAUUUUAUUCAAAAUCACAAUAUAUUGAAACUGCUAGUGGCAACAAAGUUAGUCGUAAAUCUGUUUUAUGUGGAAGUCAAAACAUUGUACUAAAUGGCAAAACCAUCAUUAUGUCUGAUUGCAUCAUACGAGGUGACUUGGCCAAUAUACGUAUUGGAAGGCAUUGUGUAAUUGGUCGGAAAGCUGUCAUUCGCCCACCAUUUAAAAAAUUUAAUAAAGGCGUCGCAUUUUUUCCUCUUCACAUUGGAGAUAAUGUUUUCAUUGAAGAAGAUUCUAUUGUCAACGCAGCACAAAUCGGAUCUUAUGUACACAUCGGUAAAAACUGUGUCAUUGGUCGGCGUUGUGUACUGAAAGAUGCUUGCGCAUUAAGAGACAAUACAGUACUCCCUCCAGAAACGGUAGUACCUCCAUUUAGUAUAUAUGGUGGCUCACCUGGUCGACUGAUUGGAGAGCUACCUGAAUGCACUCCGGAUUUGAUGGUUGAUCUUACACAUGGAUUUUAUUAUCACUUUAUACCUUCAAAUGAACCCGAAACAAAUUCUUGA